AUGGUUCCAUGCUCUGCGACAACAUUGCAUGCUCAACACAUUGAUGACAUUCUCAAUCAACUACAUGGUGCAAAGUUUUUCAGCAAACUUGAUCUUCGCUCUGGUUAUCAUCAAAUUCGUGUUUUUGAUGACCACAUUCAUAAGACCGCUUUUUCAACAAACAAUGGUCAUUGGGAAUUUUUAGUCAUGCCUUUUGGACUAACCAAUGCUCCUGCUACUUUUCAGAAUUACAUGAACGACAUUUUUCGUCCUUAUCUCAACCAAUUUGUCGUCGUUUACCUGGACGAUAUUCUCAUUUAUUCUGAGUCUAAUGAAGAACAUGAGAAACAUGUCAGAAUUGUCCUAGAACUACUUCGAUCUAAUCAAUUAGUUGCUAGUUUAAAGAAGUGUGCUUUCUUUCGUGAAUCACUUGAGUUUCUUGGUUUCCAAGUAUCUACUAAAGUCUUCUCCGCUAUGUCUAAUCACGGAAACACUACAGGAGUCAAUGAAGGACCCUCAUCCUUCGAGUCAGCCAGCACUGGAAGUUCUGUUGCCCACUCAACAUCUGAGACCCAUUCAAAGAACAACGCCAGCUCUUAUGAGACAUUCGCCGAUCUCCCUGUUCAUCGUCAAAUUGAUCUCGCUGACCGUUCUGGAUUUACCGUUAGACAAUUAACCAUUGCCAACAUACCAGUUUUCUUCUCCGCUAUGUCUAAUCACGGAAACACUACAGGAGUCAAUGAAGGACCCUCAUCCUUCGAGUCAGCCAGCACUGGAAGUUCUGUUGCCCACUCAACAUCUGAGACCCAUUCAAAGAACAACGCCAGCUCUUAUGAGACAUUCGCCGAUCUCCCUGUUCAUCGUCAAAUUGAUCUCGCUGACCGUUCUGGAUUUACCGUUAGACAAUUAACCAUUGCCAACGUGCCAGUUUGUUCCGAAGGAUGUGAAGCUGAAUUAAAAGUCUUAGCAGACUUGACAGCUUACAUUAGAAACUCAAACUUCAAAGCUAGUCCUCCCCCAUCUCAAAAGGUUAUGAGCUCCUUUGACGCUUCUCAAGCGCCAAAUUUCAAACAAUUUCUCUACAAAAGUGAAUUGGAUUUUUGGAUAUACGGUCUUAUUGGGCAAAUUAACAGCUGCGGCUGGAGUUUUUGGAACAACUAUAUCUAUAAGCCAAUUGUUGGCCAUACUGCCCUUCAGCUUGGUUACGGUAUCAGGUUUGAGAGGGCCCUUGAUGAACUACUCAAGGCUUACAUUUUAAAAACCACGCCUGCAGCUAACCUGGCUGCAGCUGAACAGGCCCGGUGGGACACGUCGCCCGAGUUUCUAAAAACUCCACCUAUGGAUUCGGCGUCUGUGCGGGAAGAAGCCAUGGGGGUCCUAUUUGAACCAGGAAAAAGAAUGGCCCGUAUAGAUCCCGAAAUCCUAGAGCCCGCCGACCUGGGGCGAGUGCUCUCAUUUUACCAACGUCUUAAUCAUAUUGGUUUGCGCAUAUCCCCAAGCCCUGAGCUUAACAUUGUAUUUGCGAUGACGCAAGCUAUCUCAGUAGGAGUUCCAGGUCCUAGUUAUUUCUCCGGGCUCACCAGCAGUGAAAUUGAAACCAAAAUACAAGCUACUGUUACUGAAGCUUCCAAGUGGGCCUCUGUAGUGGAGCAAUAUUUCUUUAACAACCCGGAUGGCACCUUUCACCGUGACCUUAUCUUAGCAGUACUGAAUAACAACAAGGUUUCAGCAGCUGCUCGCGAAGAUCCUCAGAGUCAUCUCUGGGGGAUUACCAAGUUUGUCGACAUUUUCAAGUCAAGAUCUGGAGGAUGGAGCCCCUGUGAUUCAGUUGAAAUCCCAGCGCUAGUUGAAGCAACUUCAGCAGCCUUCGUAAAAGGUCGAAGAAUUAUUGACGGUUCAACAAAAGUGGUGCCAAAGCAGGAACCCAAGCAAGAACCCAAGCAGGAAUCCAAGCAGGAAACCUCGAAGAAAGCUGGCCACUCUGAUACCAAGCAAGGAAAAGGGAAGCAGUGGUCCAAGGGGUCCGGUAGCAACAAGAGGCGCAACAAUGAAGACAAGCAAGCUAGAAAGUCGAACUCUGAUGGUCAAAACAGAGUUGCUGCCUUGAAAGCUACCGAAUAUCUUGAGGUGGCUCGCGACGAUGUUGAAACUCUUUGCUCUGUUGCUCGGGCCAUCCAAGACGUAUUUGAUAAUGACGGCGGAAGCAGUGAUUAUUCGCCAGUUGCUUUUCUUCCACCUGCCAACCAAAUCGCCUCUGUGGGUGAAACAAAUCUUCCAAAUGUUCUUGAUUCUGGAAAUGCUACUGGUCAUCUUAUCUCAGACAACAGUUACUUUGUGUCGUAUGAGAAAUACAGCAGCCCCAAAACUAUCAGCUCCUAUGGUGGUUCCGACAUCGUGUUAGAAGGGGAAGGUAAAAUUGCUGUUGUAUUAAAAGGUGACGGUGGCACCAAUAUUUGCCAUAUUGCUGACGCACUUUAUUUUCCUGCUGGGUCUAGCAAUUUGUUUUCUGAUUCUGUCUGGCGCACGCACGAUGUUUCUUUUCAUACGGUCCCAAGUGGGGACUGUCUGGCCUAUUUUGGUGAGGAAAGGAAUAUCGUACCUCCAACUGGCUCCUUCAAGUUCUCAGGAAAUUCAAUUGACUGGGAUCAGAUUUGCAGACAAGGACCAGAAGCUAUGAGGAAGGUUGAUAAAUCAGCUCUCGCUGUUGGAAAGGGACUUCCUGUCCUUUCACCGUCUCUCAAAUUUAUUGCAAAGGAGGCCGUGUUGAAUUCGCAGGCACUUGACUGUCAUGUUCGGUUUGCUCAUUGCUCUUUGACUUCGGUGAAGCAUUUAGCCAAGCUUGCUGAUCCUCCCUUUGAGGUGACCAAGCGUGACGAAGAGUUGAUCAAGGACUGUGUCAUAUGUGGCACGUCAAGAAGCAUUAAGCGGUUCACUUCUCCGGAUAAGCAUAUAGCUUCUGAAUCCACGGCUCCGUUAGCCCAGAUUCAUGCUGAUCUCGUCGGUCCCAUAGGUCCUGCCUCUUCAAGGGCCAGGUACAUGCUGAAUAUCAUUGAUGCAUUUUCUGGUUACAUCUAUGCUUUUGCUCUGGAAUCUAAGGAUGAAGCUCCUGGGAAACUUAUCCAGUUCUUUAAGCAGUUUGUGCCCAAAGCUGCUCGCCGUGCUGCUGACGGCAAGGCCACCAAGCUUAUUACUGACAAUGGUGGUGAAUUUAUCUCUGGCACACUUGGAAAAUUUUUGGCAGAUUGGGGCGUCAUUCAUAUUUUAACUGCUCCUGAUGAACACCAACAAAAUGGAAAAAUUGAGCGUGCCCACCGCACACUUCGUGAGAUAUCUACUAGAGCCUUGAUGCAGUCGACACUCUGGGCCAAUAUCUACUGGGACUCUGCCUGGCUCUACGCUGUGCAGGUAUAUAAUUUCUCCAUAGUUAAUAAAGCCGGUAUAUCACCUUAUGAAGCCUUUACGGGCAGAAAACCACCUAUAGCACUAGUGCACACAUUUGGCUGCCUAGUUUUUGUCAUUAAAUCUGAGUCUCAGAAACUCAAAGGGACCCUUCAGCCUCGGGGCGAGCCUGCUCUGUAUUUGGGUCCCGACCCGUUAAAUCCUAAGAAUUUUCUAUGCAUUACGAGGAACAAGCGCAUUCGGCGCUGUGUACACGGCAACUUUCGUGACCAUGUCUUGCCUGGCGUUAAAUUUUUUGGCGAAAAGCCAAUUUACGAGGGUGACAUUCUCAUUGACUACAGUGAGGUUGGAAAUCGUGACCCUGACUACAGUGACUCCUCCACUGAUGAAUCAGAAAGUGAAGAUGAAUCUGACUCUGACGACUACUCUCCCACUUCACUCUCUGGUGGUGGUGGUGGUUUUUGGGAUGGGGGAGGACUAGCUUUGAAGUUUGAGUUUCUAAUGUAA